GGGCGGACUCGGGGCGCAGCCUUCGCGUCCGGAUCGCGGUGACAAGCGCCCCCGGGGCCAGGAGCUGGGCUGUCUGGCGCGAGGAGGGUGAGGACACGGUGCUGGGCUCGUGCGGGGCCCGAGGCGUCGCGAUGAACAUCGUGGUGGAGUUCUUCGUGGUCACUUUCAAAGUGCUGUGGGCGUUCGUGCUGGCCGCGGCGCGCUGGCUGGUGCGGCCCAAGGAGAAGAGCGUGGCCGGCCAGGUAUGCCUCAUCACGGGCGCGGGCAGCGGCCUGGGCCGCCUCUUUGCUCUGGAGUUUGCCCGGCGCCGGGCGCUGCUGGUUCUCUGGGACAUCAACACGCAGAGCAAUGAAGAGACCGCAGGCAUGGUUCGCCACAUCUACCGGGACCUGGAGGCGGCGGACGCCGCUGCUCUGCAAGCUGGGAACGGUGAGGAGGAAAUCCUGCCCCCAUGUAACUUACAGGUUUUUACCUACACUUGUGACGUGGGGAAAAGAGAGAAUGUCUACCUGACAGCUGAAAGGGUCCGCAAGGAGGUUGGCGAGGUCUCGGUCCUGGUCAAUAAUGCUGGUGUGGUUUCUGGACAUCACCUUCUGGAAUGUCCUGAUGAGCUCAUUGAGAGAACCAUGAUGGUCAACUGCCACGCACACUUCUGGACUACUAAGGCCUUUCUUCCAACGAUGCUAGAAAUUAAUCAUGGCCACAUCGUGACGGUCGCAAGCUCCCUGGGACUGUUCAGCACUGCUGGAGUUGAGGAUUACUGUGCCAGUAAAUUUGGAGUUGUGGGUUUUCAUGAGUCUCUGAGCCAUGAACUAAAGGCUGCUGAAAAGGAUGGAAUUAAAACAACUUUGGUUUGCCCUUACCUUGUAGACACGGGCAUGUUCAGAGGCUGCCGGAUCAGAAAAGAAAUUGAGCCCUUUCUGCCCCCUUUGAAGCCUGAUUACUGUGUGAAGCAGGCUAUGAAGGCCAUCCUCACUGACCAGCCCAUGAUCUGCACCCCCCGACUCAUGUACAUCGUGACAUUCAUGAAGAGCAUCCUUCCUUUUGAAGCAGUCGUGUGCAUGUAUCGAUUUCUAGGAGCAGACAAGUGUAUGUAUCCCUUUAUUGCUCAAAGAAAACAAGCCACAAACAAUAAUGAAGCGAAAAAUGGAAUCUAAGAGUGUUUUUGUAUGGAGUGCCGUUUCUAUCAGGAUGGUUGGCCAUGCGUAUCUGCAGUACUGACAGUCUGGAUUCUAACCCCAUGCCGACUUUUUUUUUUUCUAAUCAACUUUUUAAAAAAUAAUAAACUGUAAAUUAACUGACUAGUGUGCUUGAAAACUGUGAGCUCGGGCUUUUGCCAAUGGGGUCUUUUUUAGACAGGGCCCUAAAAAUGAGUCCAAUAUUUAGACAAACACUAUGUGACAUCAUUAUUUUUUUAAUGAACAGAAAGUCUAGAAAUGAUGACUACAGUGUGUUUCAUGUGUGUUAGUCUUCUGAGUCCCCACAAAGUCAAUUCAUUCAUUACUGUGGAAGCCUAGCCAGCUGGCACCUUAUGCAUUCAAGGACUGAGAGUGUCCUGUUCUGGUGUGUUCUUGGUUCUUCUCCUGCAAGUUUGAGUGGCUUGCUCAUGGUGUCUAUGGAUUUUUUUAUGUCAGUUUGAGAUCAGCACAGUCUGAGCAUCACAGUGAAGGCCAUGGGUCUCUUUCUUAAACUUAGAGUGACUAAAUAUUCGGUGAUUUUUUAAAAUUCAAUCUCUGAAAUACUAAAUUAAAUGUUUUAGAGACCUGGUUAAUCCAUGUGGUUGUACAUUUUCUACCUGUGAAUUUUGCUGCAUAUAGAAAGUGCCCUUUCCUCUUGGAGCUGCAGGGGAGGAGGGGGACCUUGUCUACAGAACACAGCAGUUCUAUAAAGAUAAUGGGAGUUUCUGCAUUAAAAAGUCCCCGUAUUUGUGCCAACUUUGAUUAGUGUGGGGAACAAAUCUUGUAUGGAGUGUUGUGGAAGGGUGGAAAGAUUUCUUUGAAAGGUUUAUUCACAUUGUAGAACAGCAAAUAACAUUUUUACAGUAUUUUUUUGUAAAGCAAACUAUUUUGUGCCUUGAAUUUGGUAUAUGUGUAUUAGUGAAACAUUGUAAAAGUGAAUUUCUACCUCUGUAUCUACGUGUGUACCAUCCUCUUGUAAAUUGCUAUCAACUAUUAUGUGAUUGCUUCUGUUUGUUUGUUCUAGGAUGUCUUGUUUAAAUAGUGACCAAUGUUUAAGGCUGUUAAAAUAAGCCAACUUUUACUAAUUGGGACUUUUCUAAAAAACUGAUUAAAUGCUUAUAUAACUGACUGUGUGGUUAUUAGCUUUUCAGCCACAUUAUAAGGAAAAGUGUUGUGAGGUUUUCCCCUGCCUAUCAUAUCCUGGUUACUCAAGGAAAAGUGUUUGAAUGGGGUCAUACUUAGGGUGGGUUUCACAUACUCCAGUCUCCAGUCUCACCGUCUGCCUAUAGUAGGUACUUCACCAAGAGCUUGUUUAAAAAUGGGAAGACAGAACAACUCCAUUGCAUGUAUUAGUGUGGUGAGUCUAUUACCCCGUUGCCUGUAUUAGUGUGUGGGUGUCUCUGUUCAGGGAUCCCAGAUUCUGGAAGGGGCCUGGCCCACUGCUGAUCUUUAUUGUGCAUUUGGACUUCUCAUUAGGAAUGACAACCAACCACACCUUAUGGCAGUGCAACACUAAAUUUAUUAGCUGCUGCUUGAUUUUCAGUUAUGGGUUUAAAUAAGCACUUGAAGUAGUGUUCUAACAAUAUUGGGAGGGACAGCUAUUUUCAAGUUAUCUAGGUCUUUUCCCACUUAGGCUAGGAUACAGAAAACCAUCCUGGAGAAAUCUCUUAAUUUAAUAGCCUGUUUCAUCAGCCUUAAAGCCAACAAAAAUCCUCAUUACAUUUAAUUUUGUUCUCAUGCGUUGGAGUCUUAUCUGUUUCUAUUUUUGUUUGGUUUGGCCCUUAUAAAGUGGUCGAUCUCCAAGUUCAAUAAACCUAAUUUGUUUAA